GAUACUUGAUCCCGCCAUUGCCAGCAGCACGUCAAAGAUCGUGAGAGGCCUCUCUAGAUCGCCACUUCUCACAGCUUGGAACUCGUCGCGUCUCCCUCUUCUCGCCUUCUGCUCUUGCGAACCACAGCCUCCCGACGCAUCGCGAAGAUAAGGAAGACGUAGAAGAGCGCGGAGAACAAGAGCGGGCUUUUCUUCGGGACUAGUUGAAUCACACCUGUCGCGUCGCUCGCAAGCAACCCCUUUCAGUCGUUAAUUCUCAGCAUGGCUGGCUCGCCUUUCCCCCGCGUGGCGCAGGAGAACGGCCACGCGACACGGCACGGCACUCACCCCAAAGAGGUGUGCAUCGUGGCCGCUGCUCGCACCCCCAUGGGUGGCUUCAUGGGGGUCCUUUCGUCGCUCCCUGCCACGCAACUCGGCUCCGUCGCCAUUAAAGAGGCCGUGCGGCGAUCCGGCCUGGAGCCGGCUGACGUGGAGGAGGUGGUCAUGGGAAACGUGCUCAGCGCGAAUCUCGGCCAGGCGCCGGCGCGCCAGGCGUCCAUGGGCGCGGGGCUGCCGGAGAGCGUCGUCGCGACGACCGUCAACAAAGUCUGCGCGUCGGGCAUGAAAGCCAUCGCGCUGGCAGCGCAGUCCAUAAUGCUGGGGAUCAACGAGGUGGUGGUGGCGGGCGGCAUGGAGAGCAUGAGCAACGCGCCCUACUACCUCUCCAAGGCGCGCGGCGGCUACCGCUUCGGCAAUGCCGAGAUUAUGGACGGCAUGCAGCGCGACGGGCUGUGCGACGCGUACGCCGACGACCCCAUGGGGUGCUUCGCGGAAACCUGCGCGGAGGAGUAUAACAUCUCGCGCGCGGACCAGGAUGACCACGCGGUUCGCACGCACGAGCGCGCCGCGGCGGCGAACGCGGAGGGCGCGUUCGAGUGGGAGAUAGUGCCAGUGGAGGUGAAGGGGGGGAAGGGGCGGCCGGCGGUGAUUGUGGACCGCGACGAGGCGUGCGCCAAGUUCGACGAGAAGAAGCUCCGAAAUCUGCGGCCGUGCUUUAAGGAGCACGGGACGGUGACAGCGGGGAAUGCGUCGGCGAUUAGCGACGGCGCCGCGGCCGUGGUGCUGGUGAGCCGCGGCAAGGCGGACAGCCUCGGGCUGAAGGUGCUGGCCGUGAUUCGCGGCUUCGCGGAUGCAGAGCAGGCGCCUGACCGCUUCACUACGGCCCCUGCGCUGGCCAUCCCCCGUGCCUUGAAACACGCGCGCAUCGACCCCGCUGAGGUGGACUGCUGGGAGAUCAACGAAGCCUUCUCCGUGGUGGCGCUGGCCAAUCAGAAGCUCCUAAGCGUCCCUGAGGACCGCUUGAACGUGCAUGGGGGGGCGGUGGCGCUGGGCCACCCGCUGGGGUGCAGCGGGGCGCGCAUCAUCGUCACUCUCUUGGGGGUGCUGCGGCGCAAAGGAGGGCAGAUAGGCGUGGCUGGAGUGUGCAACGGCGGCGGUGGAGCGUCGGCCAUGGUCAUCGAGGCCGAGUCCUUGGAUCACAGCAGUGCCCAUGCGCACCUCUGAAUCAGAGUUCUCAUCCAGGAGAAUUCCCAGUGCAGCAGAACCUUCUUGAAGACAGCAAAUUAGUCAUUUGCUAGAGUGGUGGUGUGUUUUUAACUUCAGGCUCAUGCUAGUUCGCCUUUUGUGGUUUGCUCCUGUGAGCUGUUGAGGCCUCUCAAUAGGGUGCCUCUUGUGUGGUGCUCCCUUGAGCCUCCUCAACAGCACACCCCUUUGCAUGCUGUUUCCUUUUAGCUCUGCUUUGGCAUUGCAUUCACUCUCAGUUGGUGCUUGCCAUAAAUUGUACUACUAUGAUUCAGACUAUUAAGUCUCAUUUAAUGCUCUU